CAUCGUCAGGUGAGAGAAGGUGCUUGCGAUCACCUUUCAGUAACCGUCUCACCUUCAUCUAAUGAACACAACCUGAUCGUUUGCUCUGCAAAUCACUGAUCAUUGUGCAAUCUCUGCUGAAUCGUCAAAAUAGUUUAACACUUGUUUUGUUUUUCAUUUUCGCGACAUGUGAGAGAACGUAAAACUUGCAUAUUGUUGUAUUGAUACCUAAUAAAAAAAAACUGUGAAUUGAAUGAGAUUUUCGUCCGAUUUUGAAGUGAAAAAUAAGAGAUUUAUUGUUAUAUUCGUUAUAUUAGAUUGUGUAUUCAAGGCAACUAAAUAUCUUCCUUGUGUAGUGUUUUCAUGGAAAAAAAAGCCUCAUGAAAUAUUUCGCAUGUGAAAAUAUUAAUUUCAUGUUGCUGUAGAGAGACAUUUAUUUGGUGCUUUAAUUGCUCACUCCAAUAAUUUCAUCACGAUUGAGUGAACCAGACAUAUUUCAGAGGAUUUCGGAUUAAUUACACUGUCGAAUUUUCUCGUGGAGUGAAAUUGAUGAUGAAUAUCUGACACGUUUUCUUCAUUGAGCACUUUGAGCACAACCACAACGAGCAGAGGGAGACCCAUUUCAUCCACAAAAGUCAACAAUAGAGAUGCAUUCCACGGUCGGCAGGUCAUCUUCAUCGAGAGUCCCCCUGGAUGAUUCACUCGCCGUGGCUACAGCUUCCCGGGCACUUUGCAUAUACCAAGAUACAGAUGAAAAUGAGACAUCGUCUUCGGAGAGCACUGAUGAGAUACCUGUCUGGGUACGAGGAGAACAGAGAUGGAUUUCAGGAGUGACAGAUCACACUACAGCUGCUGAUUUGGUAGAGGCACUAAUUCAGGAUGAGGGUAUCUCAGACCGAGCGAAAGACUAUGUCAUUACAGAACGAUGGCGAAGAGUCGAGCAAAUCCUCGAUGGACGUACAAAAAUCUUAAAAAUUUGGUCAGCAUGGGGCGAGGCACAGGCUGAGGUAAAACUCACACUGCGACGAGUGGAAAGACAUAGAAGACGUAGUCCCAGUGUGGAAAAUUGCGACAGUGGCCGUGGGAGUCCCACAGGAAGCGCCAUAGUGCGCAGAAGGCGACACCGAGCAGCCAAGUCAUCAGCUGCAUGGAUCACCCACGCCCAGACUCCUCAUCCGCGUACCCAACGUGCUACAAUUGAGCGUCUCAUGAAACUGAUUCUGGAGCAGGGUGAGACCAUUCAGCAGCAAUUGUCACGUCUUAGACAUCCUAUCUACAGGGAGCGUGAGCUGGAAAUUGCAUUCAUUGAGGAGGAACGCCACAGAGUCCGCGAGCGAGAGCAUGGAAAGAACUAUCUACUGGAGACAUAUCUCAAUGGACUCCAUGAAGCUGAUGACAAAGAAGUCACCACAGGAAAUAGUGAUUCUGGUGUUCACACAGAGGAUACAACAUCUCCUGUGGCAGGAAUUUCUCCAACACUGGAAGAUGAUCAGGAUGAUUGCCCAAAGCUUGAAGAGGCCUGUGGUACAGUAAGACGAAAGAGUCGCUCCAACAGAGAAACAAUGCUACUCCGGGAUCAUGAGACAGCUAAGGAGUUCAGUGAGGCUGCGGAGAAAUCCAAGGGAGCACAACCAUCCAAAGAGUCCAAUGAGGGCCAAAUUCCAGAUGAUAUGGCAACAGAAAUUGAUCUUCUGGAGAAAAUGUAUAUUCUCAAUAAGCACUUGCAGCGAGAAGAGGAACUUUUGGUACGAUUGAGUGCCAAAGUGAAGCGCUACGAAUCAGAAAACCCAUCCCUAAGCGAACACCAAAUCAUUGAAGCUCUCGAGAGGGUCAAUGAAGAGAUCACCCAAAGAAAUAACGAAAUUGAGGACACAGAUCGUGAACUUGAGAAGUCCAUUAGUGUCCUUAAGGAAAAGUCUCAGGAACUCCAAGAACUCCAUGAGCAACUCGAUGCGGCAGAAGUUGAGACAUUGAUGUUGGAAGAUAAAGCUCACGAAGUGAAUGUGACACCUGAGAAAAAUCUAAAUCUUAGUCGUGAGUAUUUAGCGGAGAAUAUUUACAACAUCAGUAAAAUAAUCCUGAAGAAUAGUGUUAAGGAGGAUGUGGGAAGUUACAUACGCCACACUCCUGAUAGCGAAGUUCUCCGACAACCAAUUCUGCCAACUCCAGUUGAGAUACCACCUCACUCACCCAUGCAAUUCACAACCGAAGUGCAGGUCCAUCAAUCUGCCACGAGUCCACUGCCUCCACAGUUACCUCCGCCGCAGUUCAUAGACUUCACCACGUUAGAUCUUAUUGCAUCGGUGAACAUGAUGCAUCAUUGCAACCAGAGAAAUAUAAACAGCAAUGCGAGAAUAGCUAAAAUUACACACAAAAAGCUUAUUGGAACAGAAGCCGAUUCAAAUUCGGACACAGGACUCUCUUCGCUAGGAGAAGACAUGACCCAGUUGGGAACGCUCGUGUGAGAGCAUAUACCAGAGGUAUAUACCUCAAGAAUCUUUCCCCAUGUGAACCUAAGAAACUCAACAAAUAAAAGACAUCCACACCAAGAAAGUACACCCGAAAAUGUGAAAGUAAUUUCAUAUACUCAAUAAAUACACCAACUAAGUAACUGUUAA